AUGGACGGACAAAACGCGGAUUAUAGUACACUUGAAGUCGACAGGAGAGCCAAUGCGCCUGAAGUAAGGCCGGACGACAACCCACCCGAGGUCAAGGCAAGCGAUGAUCCAGAAACAGCACACUACCCUGCUACACCAGAGAAACCUGGAGGACUGGAGCCACAUACGACCUCUCAACGAGGCCAGGAGGUCUACCUUUUCAUCCGAAAAAAGACCCUACAACGGAUUCUACUCCUCCUGAUCCUUCUCGUGAUCAUCGGUAUCGGUGUCGGAGUUGGUGUCGGCGUCGGAGUAACCAAGAAUAAGGGGUCGGGAGGUUCUAAAGAGCCAAUAUACAUCUCAUCAAAACGAUAUGGCAUCGUCGGAAAUUCAAGCCUUGCUGCUGCGAACUACACCGAUACUCAGGGAAAUGAGCAUUCACAGGUCUUCUACCAAGACAAAUCGCGGCAAAUCUGGAUGGGACACAGUACAUCAGAUCAAGAGUGGGAAUUUUCACAUGUUGCGCCGAAAGGAGACAAAAAUUCAACUAGUCCUGCGCUUGGAACACCGAUCGCCGCAUACAACUGGUAUAGGGACGACAACAACACCAUCCCUCGAAGCGACUUUCGAUGCCUGUUUGUAGAAAACAGCAACACCGUCCACGCGCUAUGGGCUUAUGAUCGAAACACUCAAAAUUGGACAUCAAUUGAUCAGAUUAUCUGUCCUGCAGUCGUUGCUUCUCCAGGCUCAAAAGCACUCGCUACAUACACUCGCCAAUGCGACGGAAAGGCGUGCGCCGACUUCGAUUUUAUCGCCUACUCAGCCACCGGAAAUUAUCCAACAUUCGAGCUAUGGUUGCCAUAUAAACAUAAGGAUGACAGCGGCCCCUUUCUUCCUGAAUUUGUGGACGUGGACGCGGCCACAGACAUAGCUGUAGUACCAGUACCAAGGGUGCCUUCGAAAGAUUUAUAUCCACAAGUCGGAAUGUAUUUACGUAACAGUACCGGCAGUCUAGUGGAGCUAUAUGUCGCAGAAGGCAACCAUUGGACCUGGACCGACAUGCGCGACCAUCUACCAAUAGACGAAGGCGUCCAAUUUGCAGCAAUGUCGCGAUUAAAUAACAAGUCGCAGGUUGAGAUCCAGGUCCUAGCUUCUAAAUUAGCUGGAGGAGUGCGUAUGCCGUAUCUCAACGGUACAGGCUGGAGUUUUGUUGAUUUUGUCGACGGCAUGGAGGACGUUAAAAGUCUUUCGCCGAUUGCCGCCACACAAACAGGUCAUGUAUUUGCGAUCGUAAAGAACGGGUCUCAACUUGUAGAAUGGAUACGGGAGGAUUCGGGGGAUAUUUCGCCUCCUAAGUUCUCACGUAUAGGUGUCGUCAACACCACUGAAGUUUAA